UCCUUCUAGCUCCGACGUCGAGCCAUGGCGGGGGCGGUCUCCCUCUCCCCCACUCUCUCUUUCGUUCGCAAAUUUUCACUGAAGCCGCUUCUGUUUUCCCCUCUUUCCACUCCCGUUCCCUCCAAGCCUACCAAGCGUAAAAACUACUUACGCCCCAAAAUCCUUAAAACCAUCACUAAACCCUUUCCUUCUUCCACUCCAACUAUUCCGAUAACCCCCGUAGAGUCCGCACCUGAAAAUAAACCCGUCGACGUCGUCGUUUUCGAGCCUCCUUCUGAUGAAAUUCCAAUCAAAGUUUUAGAAGAAACCUAUAGAGUUGAAGAGUUUCAGGUUUCUGAGACGUCGGGCGUUGCUGGAGAAAACAGUGGGAAUUUUGGUAAAAUUUCAGCUUAUUCCGUCUUGAAAUUUGGGUUUUAUUUUGUUGGAAUUUUUGUGUUUCAGACUUUAGUUGCUGUUUGGGUGAUGGGAACUGGAAAUUCUCAGGAUAAAGUUAAUAUCUUUCAGAGGAAUAAAAGUGGGAAUGGGAAAUUUUUAAAUAAUGGGAAAGUUGAAUCAAGUUCAAGAAAUAUGUUUUACUGGGAUGACUCUGAACUCGAAGAAAAAGUUAAAGAAAUUAGAGCAAUGGCUAGGGAAGCUCGAAAAAUUGAGGAAAAAGAAACGAAGAAUGAUGAUGAGGAAGGUGAUAUGACUGAUGAAAGUCUGAAUUCUAAGGCAAGAAUUGGGUUUGAAAAGGAGAUUGGUGCUAGAUUGAAUAAGUUGGAGAAGAAAUUGAAUUCUAAGAGAGAGAACUUUCCAGGGUCGUAUGUCAAUAUUUUGGAUAAGUUAAAGGAUGGUGAGGAUGCAAAAGAUAUGGAUAAAAAAUUGUUCAUAAAGAAGAAGUUUAAAUUCAGAGCCCCUGAAAAGAAUUCAAGAAGUGAUGUGAAGGGUUUUGCCGGUUUAAAGGAUGGUAGCGCAACAAGGAAUAAGAAUGGUAUGGCUACUAGUGGUUCAGCGACUAAGGAGGGGGAAGAUGGGAAGAGAGUAGUGAGUCAAAACUUGGAUUUCUUGCCAAGUGAUGGAGAGGACAUUGAGAAGAUAGAGGAAGAGGAACUGGGAGCUGUGCACAAUAAUAUGAGAGAAAUUUACAACAAGCCACCAGCCAACAAAGUCAAGGAUAACCAAUCAAGCAUUAAAACUGAUCCAUGGUGGCUGAAUCUUCCUUAUGUUCUAGCUGUUCUCAUGCGAAGAGGUGUUGAUCAUGAAGGACCCGGAGGACUUUUUACCUUAAGAAUCUCAUCUGAGGGCCAGGAACAGAGUGAAACUUCAUGCACUGUUGCAUUUGAGGACCACAGUGAUGCCAAUAACUUCUGUUAUCUUCUUGAAUGUUUUUUUGAAGAUCUAGGGGAUUUCAGUGCUGAAGUUGUUCCAAUGUCAGUAAAAGAACUUUAUCAAGCUAUAAAAUCGCAUGCCAAGAAGGUAAUUGUUGUUAGGAAGGGGCAGCUUAAGCUUUAUGCUGGUCAACCAUUUGCUGAGGUUGAGAUGGCUUUGCACUCUUUGAUUAAAGAUAACCAAAGUGCCUCCAUUGCAACCAUAGAAUAGGCCAUGGAGGAUUAAAAAGGAUGGAAUUGGUCACAGAGACUGUAAAAAUUGAAGAGGAUAUAUGCUUACAGGAGGUGAAGACCGGAGUUGAAGAACAUGUAAUCACUCUUCUGGUUCUCUUCAAGCUGCGGACAUAUUUCUUAAUGGGAAGUUUCAGAUGCGAGUAAUUGAGUUACCCACACGAACAUCAAUCCCUCCUAUCCAACAUGUUGUAGUGGUUGUGAAAAGCUGCCACAAAAAUUUUGUUACCAUUGUUUUUAUUUAAUGACAUUUGAGUGCUUACAUUCGAGAAGAAUAGUUGAAACAUAAAUUAUUGGAUUAUUUGAUUAAUUAAUUCUUCUUCAAGAA